AUGUCCGCUAGAAACGACUUUGCUAGCUCUUCUGAUCCUACUGUCCAUGCUGACAAGCAAGUCCGAUUUACCCUUCCCGAGAGAUGUGAUCAUAUUGUUUAUGAGACCUACCGAGUUCUCCCUUGUCCUCAGAAAAAGUCCAUAAUUGUGAGUUAAUUUACAUUUUUACUUCUCUUCUCUACCAUUUAUCUAUACACUGAAAGUCACCCUUGCUUUUUCAGAACUCAAAAAUUCCCAUGGAUGAGGUCGAAAUGUUAAGACAUGGCUUCAAAAAUCAUCAUGGCCAUUGCCACUCCAGUGAUAGUGAAGAUGAUCUUCUAGAACAGGUGACUAGAAGGACCAACGACUUGACUAUCUGUGUUUAA